UAAGGCCUAAGGGCGCCUUUCAGAAACAAUAACUUUAGCUGGACAAUAUAAAAACCAACAUUGKCUUGGUCAUCUAAAGUGCAACGCAAUGCCAAACACCGGGCAAGUUCAAGGACAAGCUUACAAGUGCGAAAAAUGUCGAAAAAACUUUAAAACCGUGUGGCUGCCAACAAAUCCUUGCUGCAGAAUGAAGCUCGAUAAAGAAGGCUCCAAUGCGGUSUACUCAUCGACUUAUUCAAGGCACUUAUCACCGGCGAUAAAGACAGAAAGAUCAAGCACAGUUUCAUCAACUACGUCCAAAACUUCAACACCAACUUUACUCAGAAAACUYGARGCUGGAGUGAAAGUCCAAAGGCGGUCGGAUCCACGAUUUAAGUAUGUMAACUCUCUGGCACCAUUUUCCACGCUUGGGAAGCCAACKUGCGGUUACUACUUCUCGCAUCUUACUGACAACAAGAAAUAUAAAACUGGGAUUCCRCCAUCUGACCUGGUCGCAUGGAGAAGCCAUAUUUCAUAAAGACUCUGUAAAUAUAUACUAAUAGAAUAUGGGAAAAAGUGUGUUCCAUGCGUGCGUUUGAGUGACGUUGCUACGGGAGUCCCACGAGAUCUAGUGUAAACGAAUCAUCGAUCUAUAGUAAUUUGCGUUGACUUUUAAAGUUAAAAAAUAUCUCACCUAAAGGUCAAGAUGUGUAUUACAAUCGCAAGCCAAGCAAGCGUUUUUGACUUUGACAACACUGGGCUUUUUGUACAUCGUUUGAAACAAACUUUUCGUGAUCCAGCAAGAAAUAAAACUAUUUAAACAUA